AGGGUUGCAGACAACAAGCCAAGCUUGGAUAUUCCGUCCGUGCCACACGAUUUCACCGGCCAUGCACAGGGCGACCGAACUCAUCGUGGCGGCCUAAUACAGGGACCACUAACUACUCUAGCUAGACAAAUGAAUAACGGCACGGCUGCUGGCCUACACCACGCAACCCUCUACGUUACAGCAGUACCAAACGAAAGAAAUCACGCAUGUGUGCGAGUGGUGGCCGAGUUGAUGGGCGAGCUAGCCAGCCGCUCAGCGACGGCAACUGCUAUCGAGAUACAUAUUGCUGGUUGCCCUCGAUAGUGGCUGGCGCCCACAACCAAAUCGUCAAUCGCUACGACUCCUUUUCCCCAUAAAAAAACGAUGUGGGCGACAGCAGUAUCGCAACGCCUAGAGGAUCGCUUCUAGCUGGGGGUCUCAUCAAAUAUUAAUAUUACCCUUUCAACUACUUGUCAGCGUCAAGAACUAUUGCAUGGCCGACCACUAUACACACACGGAAAGCAUCCGCUAGCGGUGGCUCUCACACCAAGCAACACAGGAGGAGGGCUUCAAUAACCGGCAGAUCGCUACUUCAAUUACCGGUGCCCCCCCCC